AUGACAGCGACUGUUGAUCCCUGGGAGUGGGACACCGAUAGGGUGGUACAGGAGCUCUGCACGGGAAAACGAACAUGGAAACCAUCGACCGACCCGCCCAAGCUACCCAAUAUCGAGCAUCUCCGAGAAAGCUUACGAGAGAACGAAGUUGACGGGCAGAGCCUUCUCGGCUCAGCAAGCGACGCGCCGGACUUCUGGUUUGAUCUCGGGAUCAAGGCGAUCAAGCAUAAAGAAACACUGAGGGAUGCCAUCACCCAAUUCCGUCGCGCGAGUCGCAAGUACAAAAUCUGGAAGCUUCGACAAAAGGAAGAUGACGAUGACGAUUACAAUAUCUACAAUGGGGUGCUGGGUCGCCUCGACGAAACAAGCAGGAAAAGAAAACUAGAGGAAGAGCGCAAAGAUGAGAGCGCAGAGUCUGCAUACAACACUCCCCAAGCAAUCUUGUCUGGGCCUUCGACGCCAGCUGCACCUCUUCAAGCUGCAACCCCUACAGUGUCUUCACCCGCUGCACCACCGACUUCGGCAGCCAAAGCGUCCCAGGAACUUGCAACUGCAGAUGGACCUAUUCGCAAGAAGCGCAGGAUUGCCCCCGUCACGCUUUCUUCUGACGUUAGUGCCGAGGGUCUUCGCAAUAUGCCCCAGGGUAAUCUAGUAUCCGACUUGACACCCGAAGAAGAAGAAGCGGCUGCGACAAAGCUUUCAGGAGCCUACAUUGGCCCAUAUGUCCUGAAUAGAGCAGACAUAAUCGAGUUUCAUUUCUCUGCUCAACCACUUGCGAACGAGGAUUUAGAGUUCGAAAUCCAACAGGAAUCUUAUCCGAUCGGGUUGAGAAGACAGCGUGCUCGUCUCGUCAAACGCCGAUUGGCUAAACAGCAGCAUGUCUUCAGACCUAGCAAGGCAGACAUGGUUCUAGGAGGCGACGACCCGGAACACGAUCAAGUGCUGCCGGCAUGGGGCGAAUCUGACGACGAGUACGAUUCGGAGACUUGGAAAGAGAUCGUGGAAGAAGCAGAUGAACGUGAAAAACUCAAGGAAAAGCCUCGCACCGACCUCUCGAACGAAGAGAAGAACACGAUUGUCGACCAGAUUAUCUCGGAGAAAACCGCUGCUUGGGAGACUGUCAAGUUGCCGGCACUCCAACAUAGAGCCAAUCAUAUGUGGAACAAAGCUCGCAAACAAGGGCUCAAGCAGGCUAUUGACAGAGAGAGUCGACUCAUUGCUCGCUAUCGUCAACGACUGAGUAAUUUUCGAGAAGAGAUUGUCAAGCAGCCGUGGACAAACGAAGCGGAUGUUAGGAAGGUUGAAGGAAUCUUCGAUCAGACCAUCGUUGAUCUUGAAUACUCUACUUGGCUCCUCAAUCUGCUGCUGUCCCUACAUGAACCAAAGAAGUUACCAAGAGCGCCUCGUCGGCAGCGACCAAAACUGGCCAAAGAACAAAUUGUUGGCUCCGAUGAGGAGAUUCUGGCAAGUGAUUCAGAUUCUGACGAACCUGAAUUCUCCAGCUUCAUCAUCGAUGAUGCAUCUCAGAUACGCGAUGAGGUCAUGUAUGAAGUCGAGGAUGACGGGCAGACGAACCUCGAAGAGCCCGCAAUUGUCAAUGAACUGAUUGAAGUUGGAACCAGCAACAGCACUUCCACUAAAACGUCUGAGGGCGUCGAGCACAAGACUGGUGCUGCCGAUGUGCUUCCUUUGGAACAAGACGAAGAAGACGUGCCCACGGACCUUGCCGAGGGUACAGAUCCCAGGUCCUCAGAGGUGGCUCCAGCUGCAGAGCAUGCCGAAGGUCCCCAGGACCGACAUACUGCUGUAGCCUCUCAUGCUCCCGCUUUGCCGGCCGCUUUCGCGCGCACCAUUCAAACAGAGCGUGCAGACGCAGACAACAGCAGUAUGCUGGACGUAGUGGAUGAGGAAGACGUCUUGGACCUGACCGAGCCCAAAAUUAAGGUCGAGGAAACGUCGACUCCAAUGCCCAAAAUCAAGCGUGCUUCAAGGACUUAUAAAGGUGUAGAGCUGGUUGAUCUUGUGACCCCCGAGAAAGGCAAAGCGAUCGUCAAAUCGUUUCAAACGCCGAGUCGCCCUCAGUUCGUAAAGUCGAAAUCGCUUGGACUCUCACAAUUGCAAGAAAACGGGUUGGCUGAAAACCAGAAUAUAGUCCAUGAACUUCUGAAGAGCCUUGAUGAGGUUCACCGGUCUACUAUUUUCAGCUUUGCACUGUGGGAAGUGGACGAGCUAUGGAAUGGCUUUGUUGUCCCUAGCCUUCACUCUCCCUAUCUACCCAAAACCCCGCUCCGGUCUGAGAAUGAGCAGGACUUGUUUUACGGACUGCACCUGGCCCGUCUGUUCGACGCUUACCUCGGAGAUAAAUCGCAGCACUUGAGGCGUUGGUUCCAGUCACAGGCCGGCAGGAUUGCUCUCGAGGAUAAAAAGGACUUCUUUCCAGAGUUUGUAUCCUCUUUGCGGGAGCUUUCUCUCAACUACAGCAUUGGGAUGACCCCCAAAAAGCCGAUGGCUACACCUCUCUCAUCGCCCAAGAAAAGCACCAAGGUCUUGGAGGAGCCAGAAAAAGAUCUUGAAGGAGAUUUGGAUGAUCUUGAUACAGAUGAAUCAUCUUCAAAUGGCAAGAAACGCAAGACAGUCAUUAAGCGUGACCAGGCAGCCUUGAAUCUUCGCGAGAGUGACCAGCGACGUGUACAAGAACAAGCUGAGCGAAUCAAGGCAUUGCGGACAAAACUGGCACUUUCGAACGAUAUUACUGCAAGCCAGAACAUGGGUUUCAUCAUCAAUGAAUCCAAGCAAGAUGAUCAGGGCUUCAUAUAUGUACCAGAAAACAUCGCUCGGCGUAUCAAGGAUCACCAGAUAUCUGGUGUACGCUUCAUGUGGAAUCAGAUCGUUGUGGACAUCAAGUCUAGGCAGGGCUGCUUGCUCGCCCAUACAAUGGGACUUGGAAAGACUAUGCAGAUCAUUACUCUGCUCCUGACCAUCUCUGGCGCCGCUGCAUCAACGGAUCCAUCCGUGUCCUCGCAGAUACCUGAUGACCUCAAAGAGUCCAAAACACUAAUUCUUGCACCUGCCUCUCUUGUCAAUAACUGGUACGAUGAAUUCAUCAUCUGGACCCACGGUUCUAAGCAUCAUCUUGGUGAGGUGUACAAGAUUGAUGCAAACUACAAGGAGCCUGAUCGAUUGGAAACCCUUGAAUCAUGGUCUACGAAGGGUGGUGUGUUGCUCAUCGGCUACACCCUGUUCAGACAGCUGCUCAUGCAGGAAUCGGAGAAAAUCGACGCACUCCUCCUUGAAGCCCCAAACCUCAUUGUUGCAGACGAGGCGCAUUUGCUGAAGAACAAGGUCUCUCUUAUCAGCGAAUAUGCAGCAGGUUUCCGGUCGCAUGUCAGAAUUGCUUUGACCGGUUCACCUCUAGCUAACAAUGUUCUGGAGUACUACUCCAUGAUCAAUUGGAUUGCCACCAAUUAUCUGGGAGGCACCACAGAAUUUCGACAAGACUUUGCUCAACCGAUUGAAGCUGGACUUUCUGCUGACAGCCUGCACUCUCAACGAAGAAAGGCCCUCGUGAAACUACGAUCACUAAAAGAAACGGUGGCACCCAAAGUUCAUCGCCGGACCAUCCACGCACUAAAGGACGAGCUUCCACAAAAGACGGAAUUUGUUAUUUCAGUCCCCCUUACAGAUAUGCAGCGUAAGGCAUACGAGCUCUACAUGAAUUAUGUCUACGUCAACGGUGAAACAGCGAGACUCUUUGCUAUUUUACAAAUACUUGCAUUGCUUUGCAAUCACCCUGCAUGCUUCCGAAGCCGCUUGAUAAAGGCGACUGACAACAAGACGGACGACGGCAAAACGAGGAACGCGGCCUUGCCUCCACAACUAGUAAGCGAAGAGCUUACACUGAUUCGUCACGCCGAUGUUGCGGGCGCAGCAGGUGAAGUACAUUCUUGGAAGAUUCCACUAUUCAACAAGAUAAUCAAUGAGAGCAUUCGGCAAGGAGACAAAGUAUUGGUCUUCUCUCAGUCCCUACCCACUCUGGACUAUCUUGAAAGCGUUCUUAACCGUCAAAAGCAGAACUUCAUUCGAUUGGACGGCUCGACCACCAUGAACAAGCGUCAAGAUAUGGUCAAAGACUUUAACAAUGAUAGGAAUACAUUUGAUGUCUUUCUGAUCUCCACCACAGCUGGAGGUCUUGGCCUAAACAUUACAGGCGCUAAUCGUGUGAUUAUCUUUGAUUCCAAGUUCAACCCACAGCACGAACAACAAGCUGUUGGCCGUGCAUACCGCCUGGGACAAACCAAACCGGUUUUUGUGUACCGCUUGAUCUGUGGCGGCACGUUUGAAGAGAAAAUGCAAAACAAGGGUGUGUUCAAGUUGCAACUUGCGUCUCGUGUAGUAGACAAGAAAAACCCCAUCCCCAAGGCCCAAUCGUUCCAAAAGAUGUUUGACAAGCCCGUCGAGCCUGAGCAACAAGACCUGUCAGCGGUUGCUGGGAAGGACAAUGUGCUGGAUGUUGUACUCAACUCAGAAUUGGUCCAAGGCAUUCGAUCGAUUGUCCUGUCGGAUACUUUCGAAGAGGAAAACCUCGAGGACGAACAGCUGACCAUCGAAGAGAUACAAGAGGCCAAGCAGCUUAUUGAAUUACAUCAGGCUCGUCUUACUGGGAUGCCAAUUGCCGCUGGUCAUCAUCCAUUGCCACCUAUAGCCUCCUCCUUUUUUUCGGUGCCUCCGCCUGGUGGGUUGAAUGACAUAUAUGCUCAGGAUGCAGUUGCACAAUUUCAUGCCGGCGCUUCAGGCGAUGGUCCACGUGCGCCACAUCCUGUAAACGGUUCCAUGGGUACGGCUCCUACUGCGCCAAAGAGCCUGGAGGGUGCACCACACCCCUCUUUCCAAACAGGCACAGUACAGCCGGUGUUGGGCCCAACGACACAAGUUCGAGAGGCAGUAAUUCAAAUGGGAAGUACUCUUUCGGCAUCCGAACUGAACUUCUGGGGCAAUGCCAAUGUCCUCAAGGGGGAACUUGGCAGACUUUUUACAGCAGGCGAAACUGACGCCGAGACCAAAGACAAAAAGAGGCAGGCCGCCCAAAGUAUUGCCAACGCUUUCCGAGAUUCGGAUGGGCAAAGAAACCACCACGAAUCAGCCCAAGCAAAAAUUGCGCUUAUUGAAUCAGCACGCUCAUCACAUCUCAUUGAGGCGAUCUUGGAGGGCAAGUAUACCCCCGAACAACUGGCUUCGCUAAGCGGGGAUGCUAUUCGUCAGCUCUCACUGGAGUUAGCACCGGUCUCCUCGGAUGACCAAGGCAGCGAAACAGCCAAAGCUGCAGACGACAAAGUUCACAGUGCCGACCAGAUAACAAAAGCUGGCGCUAGUGCAACCGGGCCUCAAGGGGUAAAUAACCACAGACGAACACAGACCCAUAACCCAUCGGGUAGGGCCAUGUCUGCCAUUCAUCCUGAACAGCAGAAAAGCGCAGAGCUCCCGUCCGUCUCCCAGAGAGGAGGUUCGGCUCCGGUUCCACGAAAGUCGCACAAGCACGACGACCAGGCGGUCCUCGAAGAACUGAAAGCCGAUAGAGAGGCUAAUAGCAGAGAGCCUAGACUGCCGGACUGGGCUAGGAAUGCAGUUGCGAGUCAAGGUCGACCUGCACCUUCAUCCUCAGCAUCGCCUGUACCGUCAACUGCGCCACUUAGGCGCGCCAGAAAUCCGUUUCUCUAA